CGGGUCGACGCAAUCACCGCCCUCCGACCAUCCUAUUCUAAAGGCCCUUCUUGUCUCUCGUUUCCUCUCUAACCCAUCCCCAAACCCUCAUAUCUUACCGAUUUUCUCUUUGGCUGGGAUUGGAAGACAGCAUGGCUAUGCGCGAUAUAGCCGCCUUCUUUUCUUUCUCUUUUCUUUGUCUAUUAAAUAACCACCACCAUGGUACGACUAUUUGAUGCCGUUCCAUGACACGCCGGAUUUCGUUUUAUUCUAUAUUUUACUUUUUAGUCUUACCUUUUAUAGUGCUCUUCUAGAAGAGGGACCUUCGGCUUGGUCGUCGCAUUGCGGCUUUGUCAAAACUGAGCUUCUUUACCAAACAUGGUACUUCGCCGGUAGACUCGGAUGUUUAUUUUAUUUAUAUUUUCUUUCUCGUUGGGGACUCAUUUCGUUCUGGAAAACGAUACCACCGCUGCAGAAAAAAGAGGGAGGUUUCGGGGGAUCAUUGGGUCAGGCUUAGCUUGACUGACAAGUCAGAAGUUGUCCAAGCAAGGAAUAUGUAUUGG